AUGGGGAAUAAUCAUCGUAGAUCAUAUUAUAGAACCACAAAAAAAAAGAUGUUUGGAUUCAAUAUAAGAACAGGGAGGCAAAAUGCCUCAGGUUCACCAAGUUCAAUAACAGGAUCUCCAUCAUCUGUUGGUUCACCAAAAACGGCAGGAAGUACAGGUUCACCAAAGGUAGAAGUUGGUGAAAUUGACACAAGAGCACCUUUUCAAUCUGUCAGAGCUGCUGUUAGUUUGUUUGGUGAUGCUGGUUCUUCACCUAAGGCUAAACCAAUCAUUAAAAGAUCAAAAACCAUUGAAGAGAGGGUGUUAGAGAAGGAAAGUAGGCUUCAUUUGGCCUUAAGAGAACUAGACAGCUUCAAAGAACAGAUAAGAAGUACAGAGACAACAAAAACUCAUGCUCUUCGUGAUCUCGAAAAGGCUAAAAGAACACUCCAAGAACUCACAGGAAAGCUCGAGACACUAUGCGAGACAAAGCAAGCAGCCAUUGAGGCAACAGAAACAGCAAAGGCUCGAGCCAUCGAGCUCGAAGAACAGAAAUCAAAUAAGCCUCCAGUAGGCACUGAUGCUUGGAAACAGAAUGUUGAAGCUGAAAGAGAACAAUAUCGAACAUCAUCAGGUGAACUAAAUUCAGCGAAACAAGAGCUUACAAACCUCCGUCAGGACUUUGAUGCAGCCCUGACGGCUAAAUUGGCUGCAUUUCAAGAAGCUGCAGACGCACAGCACAACGCGGCCAUCAAUAGAGAGAGGCUAGGUAAGCUCUCGAAAGAAGUCACAACUUUACGCGAAAUGUUAGGACAAGUAAAAGGUGCAUCUCUCCAAGCACAAGAAGAGCACGAAAAGCUCAUUGAAGAUAAAGAAGUCCACUUACAUUCACUCAAAACAGCUAAAGAAGAAGCAGAAGAGAAAAUCAGGGCCCUCAAAGAGGACCCUGACUCUCAACUAGUAACUGAAAACCUCGUUGAGAAACUCGAGGUAACCAAUGAGGCAAUCCACGUGUUACAAGAACAACUCAAUAAAGUCCGAACCCUUGAUUUGGAUGCGUAUAACAAAGUAAAUGAAGAGCUCAAUGCUACAAAGAACGCGUUGAAAGAGAUACUCGCGGAGGAAAGUUCCCUCCGUGGCAUAGUUGAAUCCCUUAAACAAGAAGCAGAACGAGUUAAAGGCGAACUCAAUGAGCUCUACAAGAAAGCAGAGGAAACAGAGUCCCUUGUUGAAAAAUUAAAAUUAGAGCUGGAAAACAGCAAGAAAGAUCUUGAAACAAGCAUUUCAGCUAAAACACAAGCUGAAGGAGAUUCAAACAGUUUACCAUCAAGAAUCCAACAGUUAACAUCCGAGGCGAAUCAAUUCACAAAAGAAGCAAACGAGAUGAAGAAAAACACUGAAUUACUCAAACAAGACGCGAAAACAGCACAAGAAACAACUAAAGAAACAGAAGAAAAGCUAAAAAUCGCGCUAAAAGAGGCUGAAGAGGCAAAAGCUGCAGAGAAAGUCGCGGAUGAUAAGAUACACAAUCAAUCAAGAACAACAACAACAAUAACACAUGAUACUACUGAUGAAGAAAAACGUUCAUCAUCAGAAUCGUCUAAUGGGAAGAUAAGACUGUCAUUGGAGGUAUUCGAGGCGUUGAAACGAAAAGUAGAGGGAAUCAAGAAUGAUGCUGACAUAAAAGUUGCAACAGUCAUGGCACAAGUUGAGACAAUCAAUGCCAAUGAAAAACAAGCAAACGAAAAACUCGAAAGGUUAUUGAAAGAGAAAGAAGAUAUCAAAAAUGCCACACAAGAAGCAUUGAAAACUAAAGAAAUGGCAGAAGCAGCAAAAUUGGUUGUUGAAGGAGAAUUGCAGAAAUGGAGACAAAAGGAACAACAAGAGGAAGAAAUUGGAGAAUCAUCUAAUGGAAAUGUUGAAGAGACAUAG